AUAUCGAUUUGGUCACAGAAAAAAAAUGGUGGGGAAAUUGAUGUCGAUGUUAACAAAAUUUUAAAACUUUUGGGAUGAUUCUUCGUGGGUUUGGGGGAAAUUACCGAUUUUCAAGUCGACGUUGAAUUCCGAAUUUGUGGGUCUCCUGCUGUUACGUCUGGAUGCUGGGUCUUGGGCUUAAAUCCUUUCCGAAAUCAAUUGGAAUUGGGAAAUUCGCUAGGAUUUCUGAUUACUCCGGGUUUUAGUCAAGGUGGAUAUAUAUAUAUCUAAGGCGCUGUUCCUCUACAGAUUUGCUGGCGAAUUUACAGGGAAGAGCUUUGAUCUGGUUAAACCCUUGAAUGGGUCAGCUGCCUUUCUAAAUUUAACUUGGUUAGGGAUUCUGUGGUGGAAAUUUCUGGUUUUUCCAUGGCGAGGAUGAGCUCGAGCUUGACUGAGAGCUUCGCUAAUGAUGGCAAGCUUCUUCUCUGCGUGGCCGAGAAUGGCCGUUCUUUUGAACUUGAAUGCAGUGAAGAUACUCCAGUUGAAGCUGUCAUGCGUUUUGUCGAGUCUAUUUCUGGCAUUACCUUCAACGAUCAGCUUCUUCUCUCUUUGGACAUGAAACUUGAACCUCAAAAGCUGCUGUCGGCUUACAGAUUCCCUGCGAGUCGAGAAGUGUUUAUUUUCAACAAGGCAAGGCUACAGACCAACUCUCUUCCACCGCCACUGGAAGAAGUUGAUGUACAGGAGGAAGUUCCAGUCCCUUUACCACCGGCUUCAUUACAGGAUCAUCACCCUUUGGACGAUGCAUCAGAUCCAGCUUUAAAGGCUUUACCUUCAUACGAGAGGCUAUUUCGGUCUCAUUUCCACAAAGGCUAUGCCAUCUACAAUUCUACUUUUAUGAAGUAUGAGGCUUGUGAGAAGUUAAUCAGGGAGCAAAAGGUGCAAGAGCGAGCUGUGGUAGUUGCUACACAAAAUCUGGACCUAUACUACCGGGUGGUCUAUCAGAGCUUUCUUGAAUUCAUGAAGCUGUAUACGCGUCAACACUGUCUCCACUCUGAUCUGCUGAUGAAUUUCGGAAGGGAUAUCGAGAGAUUGAGGGCAUUUAAGCUCCAUCCCGCUUUACAGACUGAUUCCAGGCAAUGCUUAUGUGACUACAUUAAGGAAAGUAGUCUCAAGAAGGGCGCAGAGAAUUGUGGUAGCUCUCAUAGCCAAUUUGAGAAUAAGGUUGCACAGUUCCGGCAGAUGUUUGUCGAGUUUAAGAGCAAUGCUGAAGAGUUGUUUUCUUGCAGGGAAUCUUUGUCGACUAAGAAUUUAGAAGUGGCCUUUAAGGAUCGUAAACGAUUCAUCAAUGAGCAGAAGAGCAUCAUGCAGUCUCUCAGUAAAGAUGUCAAUACAGUGACAAAACUUGUGGAUGAUUGUCUGUCUUGCCCAUUGUCCUCAUCAAUCCGUCCCCACGAUGCCGUUUCAGCUCUGGGUCCUAUGUACGAAAUCCAUGACAAGAAUCACCUUCCAAAAAUGCAGGCUUGUCAUAACUCCAUUUCAGAACUGCUAGAUUUCUGCAAGAACGGGAAGAACCAGAUGAACAACUUUGUUCACAGUUACAUGCAAAAAAUAACAUAUGCCACAUAUAUCAUCAAAGAUGCUAAGUUACGAUUUCCUGUAUUUAGAGAGGCAAUAAUGCGCCAAGAUGACUUGUUUGCGGAUUUGAAAUUAGUUCGUGGGAUAGGCCCUGCUUAUAGGGCUUGCCUCGCGGAAGUUGUGAGAAGAAAAGCUUCUAUGAAGCUGUACAUGGGCAUGGCAGGACAGCUGGCUGAGAGGCUUGCAAUGAAGAGAGAGACGGAGAUAAGGAGACGAGAAGAGUUUCUUAAAACCCACGGUCCAUAUGUACCUCAUGAUGUACUGGCCUUGAUGGGGCUAUAUGAUACACCUACCCAAUGUGAUGUCAAUAUCGCUCCUUAUGAUACCGGUUUGCUAAAUAUUGACAUCACAGACAUUGACCGUUAUGCUCCCGAGUGUCUAGCUGGUUUACACUCAAAGCUUACAUCUUCAAGGAGUUCACUGGCCAUCUCCAGUGAGAGCUUGCUUUCGGGUGGGCCUGAGGAGAUAGCUAUCAACACUUUGGACAAAGAUAAUUAUGAUGAAAUCUUAGAGGCCUGCGAAUUAGUAGACAUAGCUGGAACCAGCAAAAUGGAGGUUGAGAAUGCGAAACUGAAAGCUGACCUCGCUUCUGCCAUAGCCCGGAUUUGUUCACUAUGCCCAGAAGUGGAAUAUGAGGAACUUGAUGACACUGAACUAGAAACUUUGUUGAAGAAUGCUUCUGAGAAGACGGCAGAGGCAUUGAAGGCCAAAGAUGACUAUGAAAAAUAUCUCCUAUAUAUGCUCAAGGAAAAGGAAAUGAACUGUGCUUCAUAUGAGAAGCGUAUCCUUCAACUGGAAGAACGUCUCUCCGAGGAAUACUUACAGGGGCAGAGACAUAUUAAUGAUAAGGAUGUGUCUGGCUCAGUCCUUUCGCAUGCACAAGAUAACGAAUAUAAAGCAGAAACAUCAGGUGACACAGAAGCAAACAUAACUGAUGUAUCUGCUGCAGAACCCAUGGAUGAGAUCUCAUGUGUUUCGAAUCUUUCAAACAAACAGCAGUGUAAAGCUCAAGAGGGUACGGAUGAGAAUAUGGUGGAUUCGUCGUCCGUGCUCAAUCAUCAGUGUGACUCUUCAAUGCUGGAACCACAGCUAAACCUAAACAGUGGGAAAGGUGGAAAGGAUAAUGUGGUUACACAAUUGGGUGUGUCUCUAGGUAGCAACUUCACCGCUGAAAGCUUACCAAAACCUCUGAAUGCCGGUUAUAGUGUGGCAACUGAGCCAGGAUUGGAUCCCCAAUUUAGUGAUGAUAUUGUGUUGGAACUUAGAAAUGAUCUGAUAGACAAGUCCAACAAGUUGAGUGAAAUGGAAUCCAAGCUUAAAGAUGCUAUGGAAGAGGUUGCCACACUAAGUAGAGAGUUGGAAAUGAGUCAGAAGCUUCUCGACCAAUCCCAGAUGAAUUGUGCUGACUUGGAGAAUCGCUUACACGAGGCAAGAGAAGAAGCUCAGACCCAUCUUUGUGCUGCUGACCGUAGAGCUUCAGAGUAUAGUACCCUCCGUGCUUCAGCUGUGAAGAUUCACAGUCUCUUGGAAAGAUUCCGGAACUCUGUCUGUACAGCUGGUGGGGUUGCUCGUUUCGACGAGUCCCUGAGUACUUUAGCUCAAUCUUUGGCUAAUUCAGACAAUGAUAACAAAGACGAUGGCAAUGCUGAGUUCAGAAAGUGCAUCCGGGUACUGGCAGACAAGGUUAGCUUCCUGUCUAGGCACCGGGAAGAAUUACUUGAGAAGGGUCGAAAGCUUGAAGCUGCAAAUGAACAGCUCAUGAAGGACCUAGAAGAAAAGACAGACCUUGUGAAUACAUUUUAUACAGAACAUCAACUCGGGAAGCAGGCAAAUAAGGAAAAGAUAGCAUUUGGUCAGCCCCAAGUCCAUGAGAUUGCAGCAUUUGUACUAAACGGAAAAGGGCAUUACGAGGCCAUCACCAGGAACUGCUCUAACUAUUACUUAUCCUCUGAAUCCGUGGCACUGUUCACAGAUCAUCUUCCAGCUCGACCUGCAUACAUAGUUGGUCAGAUUGUUCACAUUGAGCGUCAACCCGUGAAUCUCCCGCCAUCUUCAGCAGCAAUUUCAACCAGUCCCGAGGCAGGAAAGACCGAUCAAAUAGAUCAGAUCGUCUCUGACAAUGGCCCGGGUUACAUGGCAUCAUCUACAACAUCAAACCCUUAUGGUCUCUCUCUAGGAUGUGAAUACUUCAUAGUGACCAUAGCUAUGCUUCCUGACGCUGCCAUUCAUCAACUUGCUUCCUGAUUCUUUAAAUUCUUUAAUUCAAAAAAAAAGAGAUAAAAGAAAACAUCUGAUCACUGAUCUGCUUUAGU